AUGCAGCUUGGCACCACCAGUGCAGCUGGACUUCUGCUCAAAGGUAUAUGCCAGCAACAACAAUUCUUAGAAGACGGGAUAUGCCAUAAUCCUUGCAUGCCGCAGGGCUACGAACAGCCGUGCUCUGCCGGGCCGCUGAAGAUCUCUCUAGAUGGGCAAGUUGAUGUCGAUACUCAGCUGCGGAAGAAUCGCCUCAUACCAGCUGCGACUUAUUCCUCGUCUUCUAAUCUCGCAAUCUCGUCGAGGCCUUUAAACGUUUACGGCUGCACAGCGAUUGGCAUGAAUUCGUUUGCGACUUUGGAAGACCGGAUUACCGUUCAAGGCUGUACCAAGAUUUUGGGAACCGGUGAUUUUGAGACGUGCUUCGCUCAAGUCGAUAUGAUUCUCCUAAACCCACCGGUGCCGCUUCCAGCGAAUUUGGAGGCGUCGUCGACGGGAUUUGACUCACUAGGUCAAGUUUCCAGGCUCGUUUCAACAAAUGCUCCCGUGUUCAUCACCGGAGCCGGCUUUCUGGACGGCAUUCGGACGCUUCAGAGAAUCGGAUUCCUCAAAGAAUUCCACGGAGAGGCAGGUUUUCUUGCACAGGCAGCAGGGAGAUUUUGCAAGUUGCCGGUGAAACACAUCCCCGGAAAGGGACUCAUGAUCGAUAUACCUGACCAGGAGUUGCCGGUAACGCCCUUCACCAUCACGUUUUGCCAGGAGCUUGCGAUGUCGGUAGGAUUGUUGAGGUAUUUGCAAUCAGGAACAUAUUUACCCAGUGACAUAAUUUUUACAGAUCAGGUAAUUGGCGCCGAGGGUAAGGUGCAGGGACAAAUGGGCUGGCCAUUGGGUGCUGUUCUCUACAGGGCUCUGUCACAGAAACGGUGGUCGCGGGAAAUGUACGAGCUGGGUCCUACAGUUAAUUUUUUAGAAGCGAUCCAUGAUUCUGAUUGA